AUGGAGAAUAUCUACAACCCACAUCCCACAAAAGUUUGGACCACGCUCAUAACAAAUACUGCAUACCUGUCUGGGCUUUUGACCCUUGAAUACUCGCUCAGAAGAGUCGGCUCAAAGUAUCCGCUUGUCGUUCUCUACACGGACUCAUUCCCCGCCGAGGGCCACAAAGCCCUCGAUUCCCGAAAAAUCUUGAAGCGACAUGUCCCGUAUCUCCUUCCGUCAGCCCCCAAGGAUUUCACCAACGAUGUACGAUUCUACGACUGUUGGAGCAAGCUCACACCGUUCUCACUUGUCGAAUAUGACCGUGUCGUGCAACUUGAUAGUGACAUGGUUGUCCUGAAAAAUAUGGAUGAAUUAAUGGAUCUCGAGCUGGAUUCACCAGAAAUGGCUGGAAACGGAAAUCGAGUCUUUGCCGCUAGCCAUGCUUGCACCUGCAAUCCGCUUCAUAAGCCUCACUAUCCAGCAGAUUGGGUUCCGGCCAACUGUGCCUAUACUUUGCAGCAUGAAAAUCCAGACAUCGCACAGACAGCCGGUGCUUCACCCAUUACAGGGUUGGGGAUACCCAAUGGGGGCCUACAGGUGGUGAACCCAGCUCAGGCAACCUACGAGAAAAUCACUGAACAGCUUGCUACUGCUACAACAUCGAGUUAUGACUUUGCCGAUCAGUCCCUUCUUGGUGACCUGUUCCACGGUCGCUGGGUUGCACUCCCAUAUAUAUACAACGCACUCAAAACCUUGCGGUGGGAAGGUGUACAUGACACUAUAUGGCGCGAUGAGAGUGUUAAAAAUGUACAUUACAUCCUGAGCCCAAAGCCAUGGGAUGACCCUGCAGAUAAACAGGACCAGGAUCCAUCGCACGCAUGGUGGACAUCAUUGAACGAGAAAAGGUUGAUCAAGGAACAGGAGACGGGUGUAAGGGAUCAAUUUUGA